AUGAUUAAACAACAACAACCACAGCAACUUAAGGCACAGACCAUUACAUACGCCAUAUAUGCAUAUAAUUCAAAGACGGCAGAACAAACGCAAAUGUUGAAAUAUGGAGAUUUGGAGAUAGUAUUGAAAAAUGACCAUUUUGAAUUCGUUUGCAAAGGUGGUGCAGUGAUAUCAAAUAUAAAAGAAAUUUUAUUUAUGAAUUCAAAAAUUAAAGGUAUAACGGAUGAUAUAACAUCAAUUCCACCAGAAGAACAGAGAUAUUACGCAUUAAAUGCAUUUCCUAAAGUUUUGAAGAUUGGAAGAUUUAAUUUAAAUGAGGAAUUCAUAAAAGGUUUCCUAAAUGACAUAAUGAAGAAGGCAGAUAAGGGAUUUGUGGCUAGUGAAUUAAUGAAGAAGGCAGAUAAGGAAUAUGUUAAUGAAAAAGAUAAUGAAAUUAUAGAAAGGGUUGAAUGGUAUCAUGAACGGACAUCGAAGAUUCUUAAAACUAAAGCUGAUACAGGAUGGGUUUCAGAAUGUUUAGACCUUAAAGCAGAUAUAUCAUUUGUUAACGAUGAGUUAGCAAAGAAAGCAGAUAUAUCAUUUGUUAACGAUGAGUUAGCAAAGAAAGCAGAUAUAUCAUUUGUUAACGAUGAGUUAGCAAAGAAAGCAGAUAUAUCAUUUGUUAACGAAAUAUACCAAAGUUUAGUUGGAACAAAAAAUAUUGAAACUAUUGUUGGCGACUUUUCUGUCAAUGAAGAAAACAAAUAUUUUAGAUGGGAGUUUGUACAGUCCUUAAGAAAUGGUAUACGGUAUAAACUCAUUCCGAAAAAUAACAAUGAAAUGUAUGUAGGCUAUAUAAAGAAUAAUGGCACACAAGUUAAAGUUCCAUUAGACAACAACUGUUACUUAAACUUAUAUGGAGACGAACAAAAGAAAUAUUUAAGAGUUUAUGAAAUGACGGAUAUGACAUUGUCUAACGUAGCUCCAGCACCGUAUUAUUAUGACUAUGGUGUUGACGCACAUGUAGACCCAAAAAAGCAAACAUUAUAUUUAGAAUAUUAUAGAUAUAAAAGAUAUAAUGCAAUAGAAAAAACGAAAAUAGUAUACUAUUAUGAAGAUGACAAAAAUAAAUAUUAUAGUCAAGAUUUUACAUACCCUGAAAACAUAAGAUUAUAUUAUAAAAAAUAUUCUGACACAAACCAGAAGAAACCCGAAAUAGUUACACUAUAUUUUAAGUUCAAAAGAGACAAUCCUAUAAUAUCUCAUAUGUUUGAUUUAAUGAACCCAGUAGGUUCUAUUUAUACAUCUAUGGAUGUGAGAGGUCCUCAAGCAAUGUUUGGUGUUGGUGCAUGGGAACAAAUAGUCGACAGGUUUUUGUAUUGUGCAAACUCUUCAAAGGAAACAGGGGGAAGUAAAACGAUUACAGGUGAAAAUUUACCUGCACACAGUCACUACAUUGAUUUAAGCACAUCUCAAGCAGGUUGGCAUAAGCAUAGAUAUUGGGAUUGGUCAGGAAUGACAAAAGGUAAAGGAUAUGAUGUUAAAGAUGAUGUUAAAUUUGCCAUAAAUUGUUACUGGAGUGACACUCAGGGAGAAGGAAACCAUACACAUGUUUCAGGAUAUACACAAACAACGGGACAAAGUAAAGAUUACAUGCCACCAUUUAUGACUGUAUUCGCAUGGUAUAGAGUUCAAUGA